AUGACUAGAAAAAAAUUGAAGAUUGCAUUCAUUGAAAAUGAUCCUGCAAGGAAAGCAACUUACAAGACCAGGAAGAAGGGUUUAGUGAAGAAGGUUGAUGAACUCUCAACCCUUUGCGGUGUCGAUGCUUGUGCAAUCAUUUAUGGUCCGUACAAUGCUCAACCAGAGAUCUGGCCAUCCCCGUCGGGAGUUGAAAAGGUGCUUUCAAAAUUCAUGACAGUGCCUGAGUUUGAACAAAGAAUAAAGAUGGCGAACCAAGAGAGUUUUCUGAAACAAAGGGUUUCGAAGUUUGAGAAACAAUUUGAAAGGCAAGUGAGAGACAACAAAGAGCAAGAGAAAACAUUGCUCAUGUUUCAGUGUCUCAAUGCUGCGAACAUUGUGCAUAACAAUAUGUCGAUGGAAGAUUUGAGCAAUCUUGAUUGGAUAAUUGAUAAGAAUCUAAAGGAGAUUGGCAGAAGGAUUGAAUCCGCUAAAUGCGAAAAUAGUAUUCACCAAAAUCAAAGUGAAAGGCAAGUCUAUCUCCAAAGGACACCACCACUUGCACUACCACCGCCGCCAUCACCACUGCCACUAUUACCACCGCCGCCGCCACCACCAACAGCGCCUACAAAUGAUAAUGAUGACAUCAUGUAUAUGGACAUGGUGCUGAACGGUGGUGGAAUUGGAACAAUUCCAUUUGGUUAUGAUGCCCAUCUUUACAAUGGAAUUUCACCUAAUCUACUAUCUUGA